AGGAAGAGUCUGCAGUCGACUGAGGAAGAGUCUGCAGUCGAAUGAACUGAGCACUGAGGAAGAGUCUGCAGUCGACUGAGGAAGAGUCUGCAGUCGAAUGAACUGAGCACUGAGGAAGAGUCUGCAGUCGAAUGAACUGAGCACUGAGGAAGAGUCUGCAGUCGAAUGAACUGAGCACUGAGGAAGAGUCUGCAGUCGAAUGAACUGAGCACUGAGGAAGAGUCUGCAGUCGACUGAACUGAGCACUGAGGAAGAGUCUGCAGUCGACUGAGGAAGAGUCUGCAGUCGAAUGAGACACCAGGAGCCCAACGAUCAUCUGACAACAGCAAACAUGGAGUAACUCAACAGGACACAACAACAACAACAGUGCUUUAAACCCAGGUGAAGGGGGCGCUGCUCAACAUGGACCCAAAAAGAUCCGUGUCCUCCAUCCAGGAUGUGGUGUCGACGCCUCGACGCAGCCUCAGCUCUAGCUUCCGUUACGGUUCCUUCGUCAACAGCGUUUCGUCGGUCGCGGCCGAGCCAGCGGAGCCGCCGCUCAUCUCGCCUUGGCGGGGUUACGUGGCUGUGGCUGUGCUGUGCUAUGUCAACCUGCUCAACUACAUGGAACGGUACACCAUUGCAGGGGUCCUGCUCAACAUUCAGAGGUUUUUUAGUAUCAGUGACAGCACCAGCGGACUUCUGCAGACAGUUUUUAUCUGCAGUUUUCUACUUUUGGCUCCUCUCUUCGGUUACCUUGGCGACCGCUACAACCGUAAAUACAUUGUGAUCGGCGGCCUGGUCAUGUGGCUCAUUACGGCGACCACCAGCUCUUUCGUCACGGAGUCGGUGAGUGUAAAAUAAGUGUGUUCACAUCCAGUUUACGAGAAAUAAGAGGCAGCGGGUUUGACACUUCCUGCUCUGAGGUCUGGUUCCUCCUGUGUCAGCUGAGCCCAGGACACCGAAGAAAACGCAACACAAAAGUGUCUGAAGGAGACAAUAAUAGGACUGAACCCCUGAACCCCUGAGACAUUAAAUCUGCGUCUGUUUCAGGUUCAUUAAAGCUGCUGUCAGUUUGUGUUCCUUUUCUUCAGCGGUUUAGUUUUACUGUGUGUUUUAGGGUCAAAACAGGCGGAGGAACAGAAAAAGACAAAGAGAGGAACUGAAGUUUGACAGGUUUGGACUAAAUGAGGCCCUAGAAUGAACAUCAGUAACAGAUUUAGGAUGUUGAACAUCAACUGUGAACUGGAACACACUGAACAACAGCAAGGAUUGGAAUGUUGGUCCAGGAGUUUAUGUUUUAGACUCUUUUUUUUUUAAUAAAUCAGUCCAGAUGCUUUUUGACACCUGUUUAACUCCAUUAAGCAAUUCCACGGUCAAAAAAAUGAUAAAAUAAGCAACAA